AUGAUGAUUGGCUUAAACAUUCCGGAGGCACACUUGCAAGUUGAAGUCAUUGAGGGACAAAAAGAUGAACCAGUUGCUGUUCGCACUGCCCUGGGAUGGUCACUCAUGGGGGUGGCAAGUUGUGAAAGUAGUGCUGCUCAGGAAGUCCAAGCCAGUGUCAAUCUCACAAUUACACGCGAUCUGGAAAUACACGAGAGUGUUGAGCGAUUCUGGAAAACUGAGUCUUUUGGAGCUGCGUAUGACAAGAAGCAAUCAUCGUCCAUGGAUGAUCGAAAAGCAGAACACAUCCUGAAAGAGACUACCUGUUUAGUGGAUGGACAUUACCAAGUUGGUAUGCUCUGGAAAAAGGCGGAUUGCAUUCUCCCGAACAACUAUGCUGCUGCGGAGAAACGAUUCAAGCUCUUGGCAAAGAGACUAAUGCAUGAUAAAGAUUUCGGGAUCAUGUACAGCAACACUCUGAAUGGCUAUAUAUCAAAUGGUCAUGCACGAAAACUCAUGCAGGAGGAAAUAGCCAGUGUUUCACCACGAACGUGGUAUAUACCGCACCAUGGAGUCACAAGCCCAAAUAAGUCUGGCAAGGUGAGGGUAGUUUUUGAUGCGGCUGCAGCAUAUGCCGGAACAUCAUUAAAUGACAAUCUGUUGAGUGGCCCAGAUUUAGUGAAUAACUUGUUUGGAGUGAUUCAGAGGUUCAGGUUAUAUCAAAUUGCCCUCAUGGCUGAUGUGGAAGGCAUGUUCCACCAAGUAAGAGUUUUUGAACAUGACUCAGACUCACUAAGAUUCUUAUGGAAAGCCGACAACCAGCAACCUGGUCCACCUGAUGUCUACAAAAUGCUUGUCCACAUCUUUGGAGCCACCGAUUCAUGUUCUUGUGCAUGUUAUGCACUCCAGCAAACUGCUUGCGACAACGCAAAUGAAUUUCAUCCAUCAGUGAUCAAGGCUGUUUCGAGAGACUUCUACGUUGACGAUCUGGUGAAGUCAGUUGAAACUGUAGCUGAAGCGAUCCAGAUGACACAGGACCUACCAAAUCUGAUGCAAAAGGGUGGUUUUCAUUUACAUAAGUGGGUCUCAAACUCAGAGAAAGUCCUUGCUGUUAUUCCUGAAAGUCAAAAAGCAAAUCAGCCUAAAGACUUUGAUUUAGAUGAACAACCCCUGCAACGUGCUCUAGGACUGCGCUGGAAUGUUGAGCAGGACUGCUUUACAUUCAAUCCCACACAUAGGGAUGUGACAAACACUAAAAGAGCUAUAGUCAGUACUGUUUGUUCAAUAUUCGAUCCAUGCGGAUAUCUUGCUCCAUUCACUAUCCGCGCCAAAUUCAUGAUCCAAGAAAUAUGGCGAUGUGGUCUCGAUUGGGAUGAUACACUUCCAAUAGAUAUCCAAGCAAAAUGGGAAGUAUGGCACAGCGAGCUGGAACAGUUACACGAUUUCAAUUUACCCAGGCAUCACCUGCUGUUCUCGUCACAGUUUGAUCAUGUAGAAGUGCAUGUAUUUGCUGACUCUUCAGAGAAAGGAUACGGUGCUGUAGCAUAUCUUCGGUACUUGCUUAAUUCCGGGACAAACACAUGCUCAUUCCUGGCUGCAAAGACUCAUGUUGCACCAUUAACUCCACAGUUGACGAUACCCAGGCUGGAACUUCAAGGGGCAGUUUUAGCAAUCCGUUUGUGGGUUGUGCUGAAAAAAGAGCUGGACCUGAAAAUAGAAAGAGUUUUGUUCUGGACAGAUUCGAAUACUGUGCUACAAUAUCUGAACAAUGAAACGAAACGCUUCAAGCCAUUCGUAGCCAACAGAGUGUCGGAAAUCCUUGACUCAAGCGACUGUAAGCAGUGGUGUCAUGUUGCAAGUGUGGACAAUCCAGCUGACCACUCAACAAGAGGACUGCAUGCAUGCAGCCUAACACAACUCAUCCAUGGUUUCAUGGACCUGAAUUCCUCUGGUCAUCUGAAGACAACUGGCCUUUACAUGAGAUUCCAGGACACACACCUGGGAAUGACCCAGAAAUCAAAGGCAAAUGUGUGA